GUGGUAUGGAAGGUAGAUAGUGUCUAGGUCGACAGGUCAAAAGGUCGACAUGAGUGUUUUUUUGGUGUCGUUUUCUUCGUAGAGUGACUGGGAACCCCAAUUAGUGCACUGUGUCCCCUCGCUUCGCUCGGCACAGAUUCUCGUUCCAGUCGUAGUCCACGUGGAUCGUUAAGUAUGAAAAAGGUUCAUGCACUGCUGCUUUAGCUCUGAGCGUCACUCUGCAUCCGACCACAGACAUGGCGACAGUGGUCCAGCCCCUCACAUUGGACAGAGAUGUUACUCGAGCUAUAGAAUUGCUGGAGAAGUUGGAGACAUCGGAAGAAGUGCCAGUACACAAAUUACAGUCCCUGAAGAAAGUUCUGCAGAGCGAAUUUUGUACCGCCAUAAGAGAAGUUUAUCAGUACAUGCAUGAAACCAUUCCGGUAAACGGCUGUCCAGAGUUUCGUGCUCGUGCUACUGCAAAGGCAACAGUCGCUGCAUUUGCUGCUAGUGAGGGCCAUUCUCACCCUCGUGUGGUGGAGCUGCCAAAAACUGAUGAAGGACUUGGCUUUAAUGUCAUGGGAGGAAAGGAGCAGAAUUCCCCAAUUUACAUCAGCCGCAUCAUUCCAGGAGGUGUGGCCGAGCGACAUGGAGGACUGAAGCGGGGAGACCAGCUUCUUUCUGUCAAUGGAGUGAGUGUGGAGGGGGAACAUCACGAGAAGGCGGUGGAGCUGCUGAAGGCUGCAAAAGAUAGUGUUAAGCUUGUAGUGCGAUACACACCCAAGGUGUUGGAUGAAAUGGAGGCUCGUUUUGAGAAACUGAGGACUGCUAGGCGCAGACAGCAACAGCAGUUACUAAUCCAGCAGCAGCAGCAACAACAGGCACAACAAAACCAUAUGUCGUAGGUUUUUCUCAAGAAAGAAGCGCCGAUAGAGCAAUGACAAUUAAGCAGCUCCAUCAGGAGUCCAAGGAUCAGAAGAAUCUGUUCACAAUAUCCAGUAAACCGGUGGAUGAGUAAUCCUUUGGCAAAGCGAUUAGUAAAAGCUCCCUGCAAAGGUGAUAUUUUUGGUAGAUAGGAAAAUCUCUUUGUUUUUGGACUUACCUUCCAAUAUAUAAUGUAAUCUUUUAUUUUAGUAUUGUAUAAAGAGGAUUAAACAGUCUGUCAUUGACCAUUCAUUUCUAUAGUCGGGUCUGAGUGCCUGGGAUUGUGUCUAGAAAUACUCAUUGUUCACUGGACACCAAACUGCAUCAGUUUAGAACAAUAACAAUAACAAUAACAGAUCAGCACUUGUACACACUGAAGAAUAAUAUUCUGUACUGUACAUUGUAUAAUUUAAAACUUGUGGUUUGUAAUAAAAUGCAAUAUUUUUUCCUUACUAUUGUAAGUUAUUACAUUUAUACAGUAUUAUGUUUUUAGGCACAGCAGCAUUUUCCUUUUGUGUUUUAUAUGUUAAAUUAAGCAAUGAUAGAUUCAGUGGCUGCUGCCAAACUAGAAAACUUGUAUUUUAAUAAUGCCCUAUGAUAUGUAGCAUUUAUGACCAUAUUGUAUAUGAGACACAUAUAUUGUUUGUUCUUGUGUGUUGUAUGAGGUUUUCUUUGUUUUUCUUUCAUAUUGUACUGUUAGAAGAAUUGCUACUUAUUUAUAAACUUUGUUAUAUUAAUGUCUCUGCCCAGUGUUUAUAGUAAUUAUGUAUUGUCAGAAUUAAAUAUUUUCUAAUAAAA